GAUUCUUGCCGAGUUUUGGACUUUGGGAGUGAAAUGGCUUUUGAAGGAAAGCAACUUAUAAACCACGUAAUACAAACUAUCGAAGAUGUUCUUGAGGACUUCUGUGGAUCACUAUGUUUCAUGGAACACGAUUGCGUCAGUUAUAACGUGGAAAUCAGCAGCGGAUCACAGCUAGCCACAAAAUGUGAAUUAAAUAAUUCAACGCACAAGGAACAUCCUGGAGACCUUCGCAUCAAGAACAAUUACAUUUACCGUGGAAGUGAGGUUAUUAUCCCUUUAAUAUCUUUAAUUGAGUAGCCACCUUCAGGCCAAAAUGUUUUCGUAGAAGUCUUGAAGGCUUUUUCAAAGGCCUGGACUGUAAAAUACGUGACGUGAUGUUUCUUCAAAAUAAUCUGUUUCAUUCCACAACAUAGUUGUUCUUUCCUAUAGUCAUGUCAUUAUUAAAAUAGCACAAUUUAAUUUUUUGUCUUUUAAUAGGGAGCGAAAAAAAGAAACACAGAAUAAGAUGGCACGAAAAUUCUCCCAGUUUUAUUCGAUAGGCAUUAAUACGUGAGGGGUCGUAGUUUGCAAUAAGGAAGUUCACGAGACUCGGUGACGAAUGAUAUCAUUAUCAUUCUGAUCAUUAUAAUAGCAAAUGGCUGCCAUCUUGGAUUUCUACUAGAGAAAAUGGGCCAAAAUGAGCGUGUCAAUAGUCAGCCAAAAUCAAAAGUAUUACUGGAGUUAACACAGAAUACUUGUUUCUCGCUCAAAGAAAUAAAUACAUGAAAAGAUACUGCAAAAACCUAGGUUGUUUGUUUCACCUUUACCUGUUGCAAACACGAUUAAAGGAAAAGAAUAAGUUCUUCCUUGGUAUUUUCAAAGGAUGAUAAGAAGUUGCCUCGGCUUGUUUCCAAUUGAAUUGUUUAAUUUGCUUAUUUUUAUCUUCUUUGUUGCACAAGAAUUUCUGUGCGCAGACGUCUUGUCCAAAAAACUCUAAUUGUCAAGUGGGGUUCACAGACAAAGGAUAUCGAUGUUUUUGUCAUCCUGGUUUUGGUGGCCAACUUUGCGAAGGUAAGUAA